AUGACAAAUGCACAUGGCGGCGGCUCCAUGUUAGUGGAGCUAAAUACACACAACGCCUUGCAUAAACCCAAAUUCGAAACGCUAUCACAUUAUGAACCCACCUCGUUUAUCAGUUUCAACAAUGAAGAUGAUGAUUUCAACCAUAGUCACAAUUAUGAUGAUGCCAACAGCAAUAGUGCCUCUCCCUACACCAUGUCCCCAUGGAACUACCAUCCCAACACUUCUUCUCCGAUAAAAAAGUCUCCUUGGUCAUUACCCAACUCUGCAAACCACUACAACGAAGAUUAUUCCCCGGAAACUGAGCUCAUCGGAUCCCUCGUCCGCGAAACAGGUCACAUUUAUUCUUUAGCUGUUUCUGGAGAAUUGUUAUAUGCAGGCUCUGACAGCAAAAACAUAAGAGUUUGGAAGCAUCUCAAGGACUUCACUGGUUUCAAAUCAAGCAGCGGUUUGGUAAAAACCAUAGUAAUAUCUGAUGGCAAAAUUUUCACCGGCCAUCAAGACGGGAAGAUUAGAGUGUGGAAAGUUUCAUCCAAGAAUCCAUAUAACUACAAACGAAUAGGGAGCUUGCCCACGUUUAAAGAAUACGUGAAAUCCUCCAUGAACCCAAAGAACUACGUGGAGGUUCGACGAAACCGAAACGCGGUGAAGGUAAAACACUUUGAUGCCAUUUCAAGUCUAAGCUUGGACAAAGAAGAAGGGUUGUUGUACUCUGGAUCGUGGGACAAGACGCUGAAGGUGUGGCGUUUGGCGGAUUCAAAAUGCUUAGAUUCUGUCACUGCACACAAUGAUGCAGUGAAUGCGGUGGUAGCGCUGCUUGAAGGAAGCGUAUUAACAGGGUCUGCUGAUGGGACAGUGAAGUUAUGGAGGAGAGUGAAUGUGAAAAAGGGGGAGAAAGAGAAGAAGCCUAAACAUGUGUUGGAUCGGAUUUUGCUAAAGCAAGAAAAUGCUGUUACAGCGUUGGCAGUGAACUGCAUGGCCACAAUGGUGUACUGUGGUUCUUCAGAUGGGUUGGUGAACUUUUGGGAGUGUGACCAUAAAGGUGAGUACUUGCAAGGUGAUGUUUUAAGGGGUCACAAGCUCGCUGUGCUUUGCCUUGCCACAGCGGGGAACCUUGUAUUUAGUGGCUCAGUGGAUAAUAAUGUGUGUGUGUGGAGGUAUAGUGAAAAUGGCUUCCACACAUGUCAUUCAGUUUUGAUAGGUCACACAGGACCUGUUAAGUGCAUUGCUGUGGAGCAAAGGGAACAAGGAUGGAUUGUGUAUACUGGGAGCUUGGACAACUCAGUGAAGGUGUGGCAUGUUUCUGAGCAAGUGUUGGAGGGCACGAUCCAAUGCAAGACCACUUUGAAUCAUAUCAAUUCUUCGUAUUCCUCACCAAGAACAAUGAGUGUUAAUUCUUCCAUAGCAGAAACUAAUUGUUCCACCCCACGAAAGUCCAUUAUUAAUGAAAACGACCUUGAUAACCGUAACAGUGAUGCUUCUAACAGCACUCUCACUGACAACAAUCACGAUAGAGAAGACAAAUAUUACAUUUCAGGUGAAACUCAUGACAACAAGCACAACAAAGAUGAUAAUAUCGGUGAUUAUGGGAGGAACAAACAAAGUAACAAUGAUAUUGCUACAAAUGCUAAAAACAUUAAGAAUGACCAUAAGAAUGUUGAUGAUAAUAAGAAUGACAUCAGUGACUUUAAAAGGGUAAGUAAAAACACUGACAACAACAACAAUGUUGAUAAUGGUAUACACUUGGGCAAUGACAACGAUUGCAAUGUUCAUGGUAGUACAACUAAAGGCAUUGACAACAAUGACUUCAGUGUUAAAAGCAUUAAGAAUGACAAUAAAAACAUUGACAUUAUCAACAAUAAUAAAGUUGAUAUUUGUACAAGGAUCAACUAUGGAAAUGGUGGUGUUGAUGUCAACAACAAGAACCAUUACAACAUUGACAAAAGUAAAGAAGUUAACAACAAGAACUACGACAAUGAUAUCACUAAAAACAUUAGCAACAACUUCGACAACAAAUACAACAAUCAUAACAUUUAUGGUGGUAAAAGAAUUGACACCGACAACCAAGACAAUGACACUACUAAAGACAUUGAGAAUGACCAUGACAACAAGUACAAAAAGAGCGUUAGGACUAAAACCACCAACAAUAAAGACAAUUGCAAAAUUGGUGAUGCUAAAAUCAAUGAAAGCAAGUGCACAAAUGUUGAUGGUGUUGGAAGUAUUAAGUAUGAAAGUAACAACGACCAAAAAGAUGGAGAUAUUGUUAAAAACAUCAACUUCAAUUAUAAUCGCCACAAUGAAAAAAACAUUAAGAAUGACAUCAAUGUUUACAACAAAAGAGAAGAUACAUGCAAUUCCGACAACAAUUAUAACAAUGAUAGUGGAAAAUGCAUUGACAUUGGCAACAAAGUUUCGACAAGUAACAAUAAUGAUGACAACAACCAUAACAAUGGUAGUGCCCAUGCCAAUAACAGAAGUAGUUGCACCUCUGAUAGCAUAAAGAGUAAAGACAUUGUCAUUAACAACCAAGACAAUGACGCUACUAAAGACAUUGAGAAUGACAAUGAAAACAAGUACAAAAAGAGCAUUAGGACUAAAACCAUUAACAACAGAGACAAUUACAAAACUGGUGAUGUUAAAAUCAAUGGAAGCAAGUGCUCAAAUGUUGACGGUGUUCAACGUAUUGAGUAUGAAAGUAACAACGACCAAAAAGAUGAAGAUAUUGUUAAAGGCGUCAACUUCAAUUAUAACUGCUGCAAUGAAAAAAACAUUAAGAAUGACAUUAAUGUUCACAACAAAGGAGAAAAUAUAUGCAACUACGACAACAAUUGUAACAAUGGUAGUGGCCAAAGCAUUGACAUUGACAACAAUCGCAACAUUAAUGCAGGUAAAAGCAUUGUCAAUCAAAUUAGCAAUAUGAACUAUAAUACUAGUUAUGCAAAUGGAAACAAUAUAUGCAAUAGUGAUAGCACUAAAAGCAAUGACAAUGACAAUACCAACAAGAAUGUUAGAAAUAAAAUUAAUGACAACAAAGACAAACAUUCCAAUAAUGAUUUUUCCAAUAGUGGUGGCAAUGGAAACAACAUUCAUGCAAGUGCUUAUCAAAAUGGGAAUAAUAUCCAAAGUAGUGAUAAUACUAAAAACAAAAUUGACAAAAGGAAUUCAAAAGCAUUUAUGAAUGGUGAUAACAAUAUCUAUGACUCUAGUGACUCUUAUGUCAACAACAUCACUACUAAUAUUGAUACUAAAAGAGUUGGAAAUGAUAAGAAGAAUAUGAAAAAUGAUAAUUCUAAGAGUGGGGGUGAUGGAAACAACAUUCAUGCAAGUACUUAUUACAAUGAGAAUAAUAUUCAAAGUAGUGAUGGUGCUAAAAAUAGGGAAAACAAAAGUGACAAAAGAAAUAGUAAAACAUUUACAAGUGGUGAAAACAAUAUCUAUGACUUUGAAGAUUUUUAUGUCAACAACAUCCCCAAAAAUCAUGAUUCCAAAAGAGGUGGAAAUAUCAAGAAGAUUAUGAAAGAUGAUAGUAAGAGUUGUGGCAAUGGAAACAACAUUCAGGCAAGUGAUUAUCACAACGAGGAUAAUAUCCAAUGUAGUGAUGUUAAAAACGGUGAAAACAAAACUGCCAAAAAAAAUAAUAAAACUUUAACGAGUGGUGACAAUAAUAUCUAUGAUUGUGGUGAUUCUUAUGCCAACAACAUGCCCAACAAUCAUGAUGCUAAAAAAGGUGGAAAUGACAAGAAGAUUAUGAAAGGUGAUAAUUGUAAGGGUGAUGGCAAUGAAAGCAACCUUCAUGCAAGUGUUUAUCACAGUGAGAAUAAUAUCCAAAAUAAUGAUAGUGCUAAACAAAAAGUUGACAAAAGGAAUAAUAAAACUUUUAUGAGUGGUAACAAUAAUAUUUAUGAUUGUGAUGAUUCUUAUUUCAACAAUAUCUCCAACAGUCAUAAUUUUGAAAGUGGAGGAAAUGACAAGAAAAUUAUCAAAGAUGAUAAUUCUAAGAGUAGUAACACUGGAAGCAACAUUCACGCAUGUGCUUAUAAUGACAAUAAUACCCAAAAUAGUGAUGGUUCUAAAAAUGGAGGAAACAAAAGUGACAAAAACAAUAAUAAAACCUCUACGAGUGGUGACCAAAAUAUUUAUGACUAUGAUAAUUCUUAUGUCAACAACAUCCUCAAUAGUCACGUUAAAAGAGGUGAAAUUGACAAAAUGAUUAUGAAAGAUGAUAAUUCUAAGAGUGGUGGCGAUGGAAAGAAUAUUCAUACAAAUAUUUAUCACAAUAAGAAUAAUAUCAAAAGCACUGAUGAUGCUAAAAAUAGAGAAAACAAAAACGACAAAAGAAAUAAUAGAACAUCUAAGAGUGGUGACAAUAAUAUUUAUGACUGUGAUGAUUCUUAUGUCAACAACAUUUCCAACAAUAGUAAUGUUAAAAGGGGUGGAAAUGACAAAAAGAUUGUGAAAGAUGAAAAUUCUAAAAUUGGUGGAAUUCUUAACAAUAACCAUGAUGUUUAUUAUGGAAGCAACAAAUAUAAUAUUGAUGAUGAUGUUAAAAGUGAUGGCAACGACAACAACAUUAACAAUAAUUACAAAUAUAAUAGAAAUGAGAAUGAUAACAAUAACCAUGGUGGUGGUUAUGGUGAUGAUAAUAGCAUUUGCAAAAAUGAUGGUGCUAAAAAUGGUUAUAUUGGUCAUAUGAUAGAAAAUAAUAUCUAUGAUAAUGCUUUUAGAAAUGUUGAUAACAAUUUCAACAAUGGUGACAUUAAGAAUGGUGUUAAUGUUGGAAACACAAGUAUCAUUAAUAACUCUAAGGAUAGAGUCAACAAUUGUUAUGUUGCUUAUGAGAAGAUCCAUAAGAAUGAUGAUCCGAAGAUUAGUGACAAUAAUUACAAUGCCAACAAAAAUAGAACUUCUAAGAGUAAAGGUCAUGUUGAUCACACUUGCAAUGGGGUUUAUGAUAAUAAUAUUCCAAACAAGGAUGACAACACGAAAAAUAGUGACAAUGGUAAUUACAUUCACAACAUUGAUUGUGUUAGAAAAGACAACGACAAUAACAUCAACAACAAUGUUAAUUCUAAGAGACUUGAAACGGGAAACAAUAACCGUAACAAUGUUUAUGACUAUAAGAAUGUCAUUUGCAAUAAUGAUGAUGUUAAAAAAGGAAUCAAUUAUAGUGGCAAGGGUAAUGCUGGUAAUUCCAAGAGAGGUGACCAUGAUGACAAUAAUCGUAACCUUUAUGGCAAUGCCAAUCCCAAGAACGAUAAGGCUAAAACAAAUGUUAGUGACUAUAACAACUUAAAAAAUAAUGGUGUUUGUGACAACGAAAGUAAUAAUCAUAUUGAUAAAAACAAUUCCUACAAGGUUGAGCUCAACAAAAACAACACAGAAAGAAAUGACAAUUGCAACAAUUUCAACGACUACAAGAUUAAAAGUCAUCUCAAUAGUAAUUCCACCAACAUCAACAACAAUGUUAAUUCAAAGAGCAAUGAAAAGGGAAAAAUCAAUAGUAAUAGUGUAUAUGACACUAGAAAUGUCAUUUGUAAUAAUGAUAGUGUAAAAAAUAGGAGCAAAUAUAAUGACGUGGGUAGUGAUGGUAGUUUUAAGAGAGGUGACCAUGAUGACAACAACUACAACCUUCAUGGCAACGCCAACCUCAAGAAUGAUGGUGCUAAAAGAAAUGUCAGUGACUAUAACAACCUCAAAAAUAAUGAUGUUUGGGACAAUAAAAGAAAUAGUCAUACAAAUAAAAGCAAUUUCUACAAUGAAGAACUCCACAAAAAUAACAUUGAAAGAAAAGACAACAACAUCAAUUUCAACGGCUACAACAAUGAAAACAAUCUCGAUAGUAAUUCCAACAGCAUCAACAACAAAGUUAAUUCCAAGAGCAAUGGAAAGGGAAACAACAAUAGUAAUAGUGUUUACGACAAUGGAAAUGUCAUUUGCAAUAAUGAUGGUGUUAAAAAGGGUAGCAAUUAUAAAGACGUGGGUAGUGAUGAUAGUUCUAAGAGAGGUGACAAUGAUGACAAUAAUCUCCAUCUUUUUGGAAAUGCCUACCCAAUGAAUGAUGGUACUAAAACAAAGGUUAAUGACUAUAAAAGCCUAAAAAGGAAUGGUGUUUAUGGCAACAAAAGUAAUACUCACACUGAUAAAAGCAAUUCCUACAAUGAUGAUCUCAACAAUAAUAGCACUGAAAGAAAAGACAAUAGCCACAAUUUCAAUGACCACAACAUUGAAAGAAAUCUCAAUAACAAUUCAAACUAUAAGGGCAAUGGAAACAGAAACAACAAUCGUAAUAGUGUUUACGACAAUGGAAAUGUCAUUUGCAAUAAUGAUGGUGUUAAAAAAGGUAGCAAUUAUAAAGACGAGAAUAAAGAUGGUAGUUCUAAGAAAAGUGACAAUGAUGACAACAAUCUUAACCCUUCUGAAAAUGUCUACCCCAAGAAAGAUGGUUCUAAAAGAAAUGUUAAUGACUAUAACAACCUAAAAACUAAUGGAGUUUGUGAUAACAAAAGAAAUAGUCAUACAGACAAAAGCAAUUCCUACAACGAAGAACUCAACAAAAAUAACAUUGAAAGAAAAGACAAUAUCAACAAUUUCAACGACUACAAGAUUGAAAGCAAUCUCAAUAGCAAUUCCAACAACAUCAACAACAAUAUUAAUUCUAAGGGCAAUGGAAAGGGAUCUAAUGACCGUAAUAGUGUUUACGAUAUUGGGAAUGUCAUUUGCAAUAAUGAUAGUGUUAAAAGAGGUAGCAAUUAUAAUGAAGAGAACACUCAUGAUAGUUUUAAGAGAGGUGACAAUGAUGACAACAAUCUCAACCUUUUUGGAAAUGCCUACCCAAUGAAUGAUGGUACUAAAAUAAAGGUUAAUGACUAUAAAAGCCUAAAAAGGAAUGGUGUUUAUGGCAACAAAAGUAAUACUCACACUGAUAAAAGCAAUCCCUACAAUGAUGAUCUCAACAAUAAUAGCACUGAAAGAAAAGACAAUAGAAACAAUUUUGACGACUACAAUAUUGAAAGCAAUCUCAAUAGUAAUUCCAAGAACAUGAACAACAAUGUUAAUUCUAAGGGAAAUAGAGAGGGAAACAACAAUUGUAAUAACGUUUAUGACAAUGGGAAUGUCAUUUGCAAUAAUGAUGGUGUUAAGAAAGGUAGUAAUUAUAAUGACAGGGGUAAUUAUGCUAGUUCAAUGAAAAGUGACAACAAUGACAACAACUAUGGCAACGCCAUCGUAAAGAAUGAUGGUGCUAAAGGAAAUGUUAGUGACUAUAACAACCUAAAAAAUAAUGGUGUUUGUGGCAGCAAAAGUAAUAGUCACACUAAAAGUAAUUCCUUCAUGGUUGAAUUCAAUAAUAAUAAUACUGAAAAAUAUGACAAUUGCAAAAAUCUCAGUCACUACAAGAUUCAAAGCAAUCUCAAUAACAAUUCAAACAACAACAACAAUAAAAAAGUUAAUUCUAAGGGCAACGAAAAGGAAAACACCAACAACAAUAGUGUUUAUGACAAUGAGAAUGUCAUUGACAAUAAUGAUGAUGUUAAAGGAGGUAGCGAUUAUAACGAAAAGAGUAAUGAGGGUAGUUCUAAGAGAGGUGACCAUGAUGACAACAAUCGUAACCUUCAUGACAACGCCAAUCUCAAGAAUGAUGGUGCAAAAAGAAAUGUUAGUGACUAUAACAAUCCAAAAAAUAAUGGUGUUUGUGAUAGCAAAAGAAAUAGUCACACAGAUAAAAACACUUACUACAAUGAAGAACUCAACAAAAAUAACAAUGAAAGAAAAGACAAUAGCAACAAUUACAAUGAUUACAAGAUUGAAAACAAUCUCAAUAUCAAUUCCAACAACAUUAACAAUAAUGUUAAUUCUAAGGGCAACGGAAAGGGAAACAACAAUCUUAAUAGUGUUUACAACAAUGAGAAUGUUAUUGGCAAUAAUGAUGGUGUUAAAAAAUGUAGCAAUUAUAUUGAAAGGAAUAAUGAUGAUAGUGCUAAGAGAGGUGACAAUAAUGAGAACAAUCUCAACCUUUUUGGAACCACCUACCUCAAGAAUGAAGGUGCUAAAAGAAAUGCUAGUGACUAUAACAACCUAGAAAAUAAUGGUGUUCGUGACACCAAAAUAAAUAGUCAUACAAAUAAAAGAAAUUCCUACAAUGAAGAACUCAACAAAAAUGGCACUGAAAGAAAAGACAAAAGCAACAAUUUCAAUGACUUCAAGAUUGAAAGCAAUCUCAAUAGCAAUUCCAACAACACCAAGAAGAAUGAUAAUUCUAAAGGCAAUGCAAAGGAAAACAACAAUCGUAAUAGUGUUUACGAGAAUAGAAAUGUCAUUUCCAAUAAUGAUGGUGUUAAAAAAGGUAGAGAUUAUAAUGACGAGAAUAGUGAUGAUAGUUUUAAGAGAGGUCACAAUGAUAACAACAAUUUCAACACUUCUGGAAAUGCCAACCCCACGAAUGAUGGUGCUAAAAGAAAUGUUAAUGACUAUAACAACCUAAAAAAUAAUGGUGCUUAUAACAGCAAAAGUAAUAUUCAUACAGAGAAAAAUAAUUCGUAUAAUGAUGACCUCAUCAGUAGUAGUACUGAAAGAAAAGACAAUAACAACACUUUCAAUGACUACAAGAUUGAAAGCAAUCUCAAUAGCACUUUAAGCAACAUGACCAAAAAUGUUAAUUCUACGGGUAAUGGAAAAGGAAACAAUAAUUGUAUUAACGUUUAUGACAAUAGGAAUGUCAUUUGCAACAAUGAUGGUUUGCAAAAAAGUAACAAUUAUAAUAAUAUGGGUAAUGAUGCAAGUUCAAAGAAAAGUGACAAUGAUGAACACGAUUGCACCUUUUAUGGCAAACCCAACCCCAAGGAUGAUAGUGCUAAGAGAAAUGCUAGUGACUAUAAAAACCUAAAAACUAAUGGUGUUUAUGACAAUAAAAGUAAUAGUCAUACUGAUAAAAGCAAUUCCUACACGGAUGAACUCAAUAAUAAUUGUACUGAAAGAAAUGACAAUUGCAACAAUCUCAGUGACUACAAGAUUAAGAGCAGUCCCUAUAGCAAUUCAAACAACAUCAACAACAAUGUUAAUUCUAAGAACAACAGAAAGGAAAACAACAACUGUAAUAGUGUUUUUGACAACGGAAAAAUCAUUUGCCAUAAUGAUGAUGUUAAAAGAGGUAGAAAUUAUAAUGAAAAGAGUAAUGAUGGAAGUUCAAAGAGAGGUGACAGUGAUGACAACAAUUGCAACCUUCAUGACAACACCAACCCCAAGAAUGAUGGUGCGAAAAGAAAUGUUAGAGACUAUAACAACCUAAAAACUAAUUGUGUUUGUGACAGCAAGAAUAAUAGUCAUAUAGAUAAAAGCAAUUCCUCCAAUGAAGUACUCAACAAAAAUAGCACCGAAGGAAAAGAUAAUAACAACAAUUUCAACGACUACAAGAUUGAAAGCAAUAUCAAUAGCAAUACCAACAACAUCAAAAGCAAUGUUAAUUCUAAGGGCAAUGAAAAGGGAAACAACAAUCGUAAUAGUGUUUACGAUAAUGGGAAUGUCAUUUGCAAUAAUGAUGGUGUUAAAAGUUGUAGCAAUUAUAUUGAUAAAGAUCAUGAAGGUAAUUCUAAGGAAGGUGAAAAUGGUGACAACAAUCGUAACCUUUAUGGCAACUCUAACCCCAAGAAUGAUGGUGCUAAAGGAAAUUUUGUUGACAAUAACAACCUAAAGAGUAAUAGUGUUUAUAACAACAAAUUUAAUAUUGCUACUGAUAAAAACAAGUCAUUCGACGAUGAACUCAAGAAUAAGAGCACUAAAAGCAAUGACAAUUUCAACAAUCUCAACGACUACAAGAUUAAAAGCAAUCUCAAUAGCAAUUCCAAAAACAUCUACAACAAUGGUAAUUCUAAGGGAAACAAAAAGGAAAAUAACAAUCGUAAUAGUGUUGACGACAAUGAGAAUGUCAUUUGUAAUCAUGACGUUGUUAAAAAAGGUAUCAAUUAUAAUUAUGAGAGUAAUAAUGGUAGUUCUAAGAGAGGUGACAAUGAUGACAACAAUCGCAACCUUCAUGACAACGCCAACCUCAAGUAUGAUGGUGCAAAAAGGAAUGUUAGUGACUAUAACAAUCCAAAAAAUAAUGGUGUUUGUGAUAGCAAAAGAAAUAGUCACACAGAUAAAAACACUUCCUAUAAUGAAGAACUCAACAAAAAUAACAUCGAAAAAAAAGACAAUAGCAAGAAUUUCAAUGGUUACAAGAUUGAAAGCAAUCUCAAUAACAAUUCCAACAACAUUAACAAUAAUGUUAAUUCUAAGGACAAGGGAAAGGGAAACAACAAUCUUAAUAGUGUUUACGACAAUUGGAAUGUUAUUGGUAAUAAUGAUGAUGUUAAAAAAGGUAGCAAUUAUAAUGAAAGGAAUAAUGAGGGUAGUGCUCAGAGAAGUGACAAUAAUGAUAGAAACAGUUCCUACAACGAUGAACCUAAGAAUAAUUGCACAAAAAGCAAUGACAAUUGCAAAAAUCUUAACGACUUCAAGAUUAAAAGCAAUCUCAAUAGCAAUUCCAACAAUAUCAACAACAAUGUUAAUUCUAAGGGCAGCAGAAAGGAAAAUAACAAUCAUAACAGUGUUUACGACAAUGGGAAUCUCAUUUACAAUAAUGAUGGUGUUAAGAAAGGUAGUAAUUAUAGUGUCAUGGGUAUUGAUGGUAGUUCCAAGAGAGGUGACAAUGAUGACAACAAUCGCAACCUUUAUGGCAACGCCAAUCCUAAGAAUGAUGGUGCUGAAAGAAAUGUUAGUGACUAUAACAACCUUAAAAAUAAAGGUGUUUGUGGUAGCAAAAGUAAUAGUCAUACUGAUAAAAACAAUUCCUACAAGGAUGAACUCAUCAAUAAUAGCACUGAAAGAAAAGACAAUAGCAACAAUUUCAAUGACUACAAGAUUAGAAGUAAUCCCAAUAGUAAUUCCAACAAUAUCAACAUCAAUGUGAAUACGGGCAACAGAAAUGGAAACAACAUUCGUAAUAGUGUUUACGAUAAUGGAAAUGUCAUUUGCAAUAAUGAUGGUGUUAAAAAAGGUAGCAAUUAUAAUGACGAGGGUAAUGAGGGUUAUUCUAAGAGAGGUAACAAUGAUGACAACAACUGCAACCUUUAUGACAACGCCAAUACAAAGAAUGACGGUACUAAAAGAAGUGUUAGUGACUAUAACAACCUAAAGAAUAAUGGUCAUUGUGGCAGCAAAAAUAAUAGUCAUAUUGAUAAAAGUAAUUCUUACAAAGAUGAACUUAACAAUAAUAGCACUGAAAGUCAUGACAAUGGCAACAAUCUCAAUGACUACAAGAUUAAAAGCAAUAUCAAUAACAAUUCCAACAAUAUCAACAACAAUGUGAAUUCUAAGGCUAACGGAAAGGGAAACAACAAUCAUAAUAAUGUUUACGACCAUAGGAAGGUUAUUUGCAGUAAUGAUGGUGUUAAAAAAGGUAACAAUUAUAGUGACAAGGUUUAUGAUGGUAGUUCAAAGAGUAGUGACAAUGAUUACAAUAAUCGCAACCCUUUUGAAAAUAUCAACCCUAAGAAUGAUGGUGCUAAAAGAAAUCUUAUUGACUACAACAAUCAAAAAAAUAAUGACGUUUGUGACAACAGAAGUAAUAGUCAUACUGAUAAAAACAAUUCUUACAAGGAUGAACUCAACAAUGAUAACAUUGGAAAUAAUGACAAUUUCAAUGAUCUCAACGACUACAAGAUUAAGAGUAGUGUAAGUAGCAAUUCCAAUCAUAGAAACUGCAAGGGUUCUGAAAGCAUUGGAAACAAUAUCAAUCAGAAUCAAGAUCGUGCUAAAAUCAAUUAUGAUGUUAGCAAUAAUAAAAUCAAUGUCAGCAGUCAUAAUAACUCAUGCAAUAUUUUCCAAAAUAGCAAUAAUGACAUUGGUGACUAUCGAAACAAGAACGAGAGACAUUUGCAAAGUAGAAAUCAACAUUGUAAUUAA